UGGAUGACUUCCCAACUUGCCUGUUUUUCUUCACAUGCUUCACAGGCUAUACUUUAGCGCGCAGUCAAACCAUGUUUGGUCUAUUUUUUUCGGCUUGAUUGUAAUUUUCUAGUAAAUUGAUGCUUUUUUCUCCUUCAGGAAGAGCUCUGUGCACCCGAGGCUCAACUGUGAGACACACCAACUCCUCUCUGCCUGUGCGUCCAAUCAGCGGGAGCUCUGGAGAGCCUUUCUGUUGUAAUUGGAUGGAAAUCGAGAGGAAUACGCAGGCUUGGCACAACGUAAACACACGCUCGUCUCCUUCGCUCUGUAGAGGACGCACCGGGUAGAGCAGAUGCAGUGAACUAAACAACCGAUAGAACAGCAGACGCUUUAAAGGUUUUUUUUUUAAAGUCAUUUAGUCUAACCCGAAGCGUUUAUAUCAGAGAUGUGAAUAGGCAAGCAGACUGCGUAUCAACUCUUCAGUUUUCACGGUGCAAAGAAGGCCGUUUUUUUCAUAGGCGACCAUUAAGUCUGUGGAUUACGCACGCCGGAGCUCCCGGGACAGAGAAAAGUUGUGAAACUAUCGUUUUGCCGCACAGGAAUACGUAAGAGAGCAUGUUCUGCCACACUGGUUACAGCAAGCGCACGCUGCUUAACUGAAAAUAUAAUGUACGUCUCAAUGGAGUGAUUUGGCACUUUCCCCCCACUAAUUGGGCAAAAAAGAAAAAGAAAAGAAAACUCGUUUAGAGUGAAAUAGACAGAAUUUAUUUAUGGAUUAGAGCAAAGACUAUUUUAAUUUUUUUUUACUCAAACACAAGAAAAGAGAAAUAAAAGAUAUAUGAUUUGGGGGAUGGCAACUGCCACUUCAAGCCCAUACCUAGCCAGCAGCAGGAUUUUAUCCAGCCCGGUCCUUCACUCUGACCGGAGGGGUGGUGGUAUGCAGUCGGGCGGCACCGCUGUGACCACAGUGUCUAGUGGAUACAGAGGGGACCCUUCAGUGAAGAUGGUGCAGAGCGACUUCAUGCACGGAGCCAUGGUAGCAAGCAACGGGGGGCACAUGCUAAGCCAUGCCCACCAGUGGGUGACAUCGUUGCCUCAUGCAGCAGCCGCAGCGGCCGCCGCUGCAGCGGCAGUAGCGGAGACCGGCUCUCCGUGGCCCCCGAGUUCCCAGCCACAGGAUGUAAAGAGAAACGCCGGCAGGGACGACCUCCACUCGGGUUCAGCCCUUCACCACAGGUCUCCGCAUCUAGGACCUCACCAGGCGCACACGGGAAGUUGGGGAGGCACCUCCACUGCGCACAUCAGCAUCACUGAGGGGGAGCAGCAGCAGCAACAGUCCCUCAUUUACUCCCAGCCAGGAGGAUUUACAGUCAACGGGAUGCUGAGCUCACACACCGGGCAAAGCCUCAUGCACUCGGGGCUGGUGCGCGGAGAAUCACCUCGGCUGGACCACGGCAGCCACCAUCACCACCAACACCAUCAUAAUCAUCACACGCACCAUCACCAGCAACACGGUCUGGGCCACGAAUCGCAUUCAGACGAGGACACCCCUACGUCCGAUGACUUGGAGCAUUUCGCCAAACAGUUCAAACAGCGACGGAUCAAGCUUGGUUUCACCCAGGCAGACGUGGGCUUAGCUCUGGGCACUCUGUACGGCAACGUGUUCUCACAGACCACCAUCUGCAGAUUUGAGGCGCUUCAGCUGAGCUUUAAGAACAUGUGCAAGCUGAAACCUCUGCUGAACAAAUGGCUGGAAGAGGCUGAUUCCACCACUGGGAGCCCGACCAGCAUCGAUAAGAUCGCCACCCAGGGCAGGAAGAGGAAAAAGCGCACUUCCAUCGAGGUGAGCGUAAAAGGUGCACUGGAGAGCCACUUCCUCAAGUGUCCCAAACCUUCCGCACAGGAGAUCAACUCUUUGGCGGACACUCUGCAGCUGGAGAAAGAGGUGGUCAGGGUCUGGUUCUGCAACCGCAGGCAGAAAGAGAAGCGCAUGACGCCGCCGGGACUUCCGCGCACUCCAGAGGACGCAUAUUCACAAGUGGGUAGCAUUGGACCUGACACACCGUCUCCCUCCAUAGAGUGCAAGAGGUUGUUCAGCGAUACGUGAAAGAGCCCCAAAAUAACAGGGAUGAAACACAAACAACAGCCUCUGUUUUAUAAACAUGGGUCUCAAUGAAACCUUUGAUUAACUUUUUAUUCGCUACCAUUGAUCCAAAAAGUAGAAUUGUUAUCCAAUGUUCAUAUCAGGACUGGACACAUCACAACCGCCCUUUAGCCAUCGUUAUUUGGCAUUUUUCUGCUCCCUGAAACAGCCUCUGGGACAAAAAAAUAUAUUUCGGUCUAAAUUAAAUCUGAACAAAAAACAACUGAAAGUUAUUUAAAGGAAAUGUUUGGUCACCAAAACCGGAGAUAUUCGAGCAGAAACAAGUUAUUUCCAUAUCUUUGUACUGUAAAAAUAAUAGUUCCCUUGUGAUGCUGCAGAAACUGAUGUCCCACAUGCUAGACUGAACUAUAACCUACGUUUUUAAUCAAACACACCGCUUUAUCCAGUGUUGAGUUGUUUCUAAUGAGCAAUAAUUUCUCUUCAUUCAAACCUGUUUCUCACUUUGUGUUGUGUGUCGGUGGAUUUUUUUUUACAUUUUUUAAAUUUUUUUGUGGCACAGUUUAAGGUUUCAACAAGCGAUUUACAGUUAUUCCAAUAUUUGUACUUUCCUUUAAUCCUUUUCCAUUUAGCAAACGGUCUCUUAAGGUUAUGUACAAGUUUGCUGUGUAUUGUGGUGAUAUGGACUAUUUAUUUAUUUUUUGCCACUGUGUUUAUUUUCAUGGAAUAGACCAAUUAUUUAAUAAAUUUGACAUAAACCUUGUGUUAGAUACCGGAGCGUUAUUCUUAAGGGCCAUGUGGACACACACACGCACAAAGAGAGACAUGCAUAUAUAUAAACACACAGAAUCUCUUCAUCAGAGUCAUUUGAAUUUGAUAUAAUAUACAAUAUAUCCCAUAAGAGAUACAAAGAAGUCAUAAAGGCAAAAAAAAUUACAUAGUCAGUCCAUUUUGCUCAGGCGUCUCGUUAUCAUUGUUUUCAUGUCUGUUUGGUAAAUCAUCUGUGCAAACUUCUGCCAUUUUUCCCUGUUUAUGACAAUCUAUAGAAAAGUGGCUUAAUUGGUUCGCUAAGAAAUUAUUUAGCUGAUGGACUAAUAGUGAAAAAAUAACCACACAUUGCACCAUAGCAGCUUAAUUAUUCUGUUGUUAUUUAAUUACAAUUAAUUCUUACAUUGAGCAUAAAACCUCCCAAAAACCUACCACAUCAUUUUGUUAAAGUGAUGCUGAUCCUGCAAAUACCUGCUGAACCGAUCACAUAAGCCUGGUUUCUACAUUUACGUGUGAUUUUCUGCAUAUCAGUCCAGCCACAAACAUCCUGUUGCAGCGCUGUGGACUGCAGCUCGAUGGAACGCAGCCAAUGGAGGUCGACUACCCCAGCUGGCAGUUCACCUCGGCAGCGGUUGCCAAGGUGACAGCGAGAUGGAGUGACACAAGGCAGUGGAUCUUUUGCCACAGAUGAUGGGUUUGGCAGAUAGGCAGCAAGAAGUGCAGUACGCUGGCUGUGAAAAGCAAUCUGCGUCUCUUCUGUCUGCUUCUGAUCCACAUAAGAAUGACACACAGUACACACACACACAAGCUGAUGUUACAUCAGUAAUAAAGAUAAUCGGUACUCCUAGAAAAAGUGACCGAGAAGUGCAGUUGCAGUGAAACUUGGAAGAAGGUCAAAGGUCAGCUGCUGCAGUAGCUGUUGAUAAACCAGGCAGAACUGUGAGAAAUAAAUGCAAACCUAGGAGUUAAUGGAUUACUAUGAAUGUUACACUUAUUACAAUGUGAAUGUGUGCUCUGGUCCUCUCCACACUGGACACCCUGUCUUAAGAGAGCAUGUACAAAGACAUUUUUGGGACCUUUGUCACUCUUUGCGUCCUCACUGCAUAUUUGGCAGGAUUUAAGGCACACUCUGACUUUGCUGUUUGAAAAAACAAGAACUAGAAAUGAUUGGUUUGAAUAACUUUUUCCAGGUCCGCCUAUACAGCGAUUGUCAAACUAGGUUAAUUUUCAAUCUUCAAAGAAGCUUAAGGAAAACAAUAAGGGAUGAAUGGGAUAUUCUGGCUGUUUCACUUCCUGAGAAAGUUUUUAUGAACACACAUGAACCGUUCUGUUUUUACAGCAGUGUGUGAAAGUUUGUGAAACCUUGUGAAGUUUUUCUAUAAUUCAACACAAAUAAAACCUAAAACAUCUCAAAGUUUCUACUCAAGGGCCAUGCAAGUGUCAUAUUAAUGCCUCAUAUGCUUGAAAUCUCGCGUUUCAAAGAAGUCUAAAACCUUCAAACAACAUUUCUAAACAUUUUCCCUUUUAAUGCAAUACUUUAUUCUUAUCAGAAGGUGGUGUAAUGGAUAAAAAUGGCAUUUAUUGAACCAGGCAAGUUAUCCAAGAAAACACUCUUAUUUGCAGUAGUUACCCAGUAAAAGGUAAAGAGUGUUGAUGAAAUUGCGAUUAUGCCGAAAAAGAAAUAUUAAAAAAGGAAGCGUGUCUUUGGAAACAAUACCCCAACUGGCGAAAUGCCGCCCCCUUGUGGUGAAAAUAGUUUUUUUUUUCAUUUGGCAGAGGGCAAUUCCAAAAAGUCCCUUUUACAUUUGUCUCCUUUAUAUAACUUGAUAGUCUUGUGUAAACAUCAGGUAACAUAUUAGUGGAUAUUUUUACAGAAAUACAGAAAACAUACUUUUA